AUGACGAUUAGAGACGCCGCCGCGUUUGCUAAGGAAAGUAAAAUAAGGAGGGCCGGACAUGUGAUGCGCUUUAACGACAACCGUUGGACAACAGCCGUGAGCGACUGGGUUCCCCGCGAUAUUAAGCGCACUACAGGAAGACCGCCGACCCGAUGGUCAGAUUUCUUCACGAAGUCUUUCAAAGAAAAUUAUGAUGCUCUUCGUGUCUCACGCGAAAGGAGGAACCACUUGGCUACUCUGGCACGCGAUCGGGACAAAUGGAAGAAUUACUGGCGCCUGCUCGACCAGUUCGAAGAUCGAAGUGUCAAGGUGAUCAAGGUGAUGUACAAGGUACUGGAGCGCAUUAUACUGGAUAGACUCAUUGAACGUUGCGAAGAAAUAACGUGCGACGAGCAAGCUGACUUUGGUCCUGGCCAAUCUACGAUUGGCCAGGUGUUCAUCGUCAAGCGAGUGAUCGAAAUCUGGCAGCGGUAUUCGAAGCCAAUGCAAUUAGCGUUUCUGGACUUUGGAGCCGCGUUCGUCUCUCCUUACCAAGGCCGUCUUCUCAACGCGCUCGGCGCCGAUGGAGUACCACGAAAGUUCGUUCGCUUGCUUGACAUGAAUCAACGAACAACUGCUGCAGUUCGAACACCAGCCGGAUGUACAACACCAUUUGAGGUGGUAACUGGAGUAAGACAAGGGGCAGUUUCAAGAUCCUUCCUGUUCAAUUUCGCCAUCCACGACAUUAUGCGAAGAACAGUAGAUCAGGGUCGUGCCGAUAUCAUUCUAACGCCAUCAGGACACCCCGUGACCGAUCUUGAGUACACUGACGACUUUGCUGUAUUCGCGGGAAGCAGUACGAAACUUCAACAUGUUGUCAAACUUGCAUCGAAUCUGGCUGCAGCCUAUGGACUACGUCUACGCUCCGAUAGAUGCAAGAAGAUGUGGAUCUCUUUGAGACCUCGAACGGGAAUCAGGGUGGACGGACAACCGAUAGAACUCGUCGAUAAGCUCUGUUACCUGGGCUGUACGCUGAAGAACAACGGCAGCUACAAGAGAGAUGUUCAGCAAGAAUGCGCUAAAGCCACUUCCGCAUUUAACUCCUUAACGAAAUGCCUGUGGUCGACCUCCAUCACCAGCGAACUCAAGCUGCGAAUCUACCUAUCCACAAUUCGCCCUAGCAUGAUCGGAGACGUGGACAGCACCAUGAACGGUGAUGCAGAGGCUUGA